AUGUCCGCCGCGUCGUGCGUCUCGCGCGCGGCGGUCGCGGUCGCGCCGCGCGCGCCGCCGCGCGCGUCGUCGUCGCGACGUCCGACGACGCGCCGCGUCCGAGCGCCCCCCCCUCGCCGCGACGCGUCCGCGUCCGCGACGGAAUCCACCGCCGCGGAAUCCACGACCGCCGCGGAAGAAGCCCCCGUCGCGCGCUCGCUCGAGUUCAUGGUCGAGAUGGCGUGCGGGAAGUGCGUCGCCAAGGUGGAGCACGCGCUCGCGCACGUGCCCGGGAUCGACGCGGUCGCCGCGACGCUCUCGACGAACAGCGUCCGCGUCGUCACCGCGACCGCGUCGACGGAUGCCAUCGUCGCCGCGAUCGAGCGCGCGGGGUUCAACUGCAGGCUCAUCGGGCAGGGCGACGUCGGCGCGUUCGGCGAAGAGCUCGCGCGGCGGCUCGGGACGAAUCUUCGGACGCUGCGGCAGUCGCUCGCGGCGGUGGCGGAGUUCAAGGGAAGCGCGUACGGCCACGGAUCGAUCGCGGGCGUCGUUCGGUUCGUCGCCGCGGACGAGCGGAACACGCUCAUCGAGGGCGGGCUGAGAGGGUUGAAACCUUUCGCGACGUACGCGAUGACCGUGCGCGCGUACGGCGACACGACGCGCGGGUUGGAGACGGUCGGCGAGGUGUACGACGCCGCCGAUGACGAUGGUGACGACUCGAGCGAAAACGCGCGGCGGGCGGCGGGGGACAUGGGGACGCUCGUCGCCGACGCGAACGGGGAGGUCACGAUCGUUAGCCGCGUUGUGGACGCGCGUCUGAAAGCGUGGGACAUCAUCGGGAGGUCGUUGGCGGUCGUGGAGCAGGGAGGAGGAGGAGGAGGAGGAGGAGGGGAAGAUGGAACGUCAACCGGCGCGGCGGCGGUGCUCGCGAGGAGCGCGGGCGUCGGCGAAAACUUGAAGAGGGUGUGCGACUGCGACGGGACGGUGAUCUGGGAGUCGAGCCCGGACGACUUCACCCCGGUCGUCGUGAAGAAGAAGCUGGUGACCGCGGUCGUCGAGAAGAAGAGCGCGUGA